GGGCGGCGGCGGCGAUGGUGGUGGUGCUGGGGCGGCUGCUGUGACAGCCGCGCCUGGCACCCAAGCCCCCGCCGCCUCGCGCUCUGGCGGGCGCAACGCACGUGGCUCCGGCCGCGAUCUCGCACCGGUGGGGCCCCUGGGUCGGGUGUGUCAGCGGCGCCAGCUGGAGAACCCCUGGCCUGGAGUUUGCAGCUGUUCACAUCUGGCAGGACCCGUCCGCGCCUCCCUUGGUCGGUGCUGGCCGAGCUGGUGCGAGUAGGGUUCGAGUGGUGAGGCUGGCCCAAGGGAUUACGGUGCUCCCGGCAGAGAUGGGGCAGCGAGCCCUCCUAGAGAUUCCACCGAGCCUUUGGCGUUCCCAGUGGCCCUGGGCUACCCAGCUUGUCCCGAUUGCCAGCUCAGCAUGCGACUGACCGGCGCAUUAGGGCCAGGCUAGGGGAGUACAGUGGGUGGAUCCGGUAUCCUGCCCUCCCCGUGUGAGUUUCCCUCCGAGGCCUAGCUGCUUUGGCUGAGUGGCGGAUCUGGCGGAUCUUCCCCUUCCCCCUGGCCCUCAGUGGGUCUGAGCUGCCUGACUGUGGGAAGUUUGCCGUCUGGGACGGUGACCUUGGGCUGCUCUGGCUGGAUCUCGGAGAGGAGCCUACUGAGUGCGCUUGGCCUUGGGAGCUGUCCACCUUCUGUUCGCCCAGCUCUAGCGGAGGUGUCUGCGGGAGGGGAGCAUUGGAGAGGUCCCAUUAGUCCAUGUGUGGACCCUGCUGCCAGCCUCAACUGGGCACCAGACACCCUCAUUGACACCAGGCAUCCUCCCUGCCUGCCGCAUUCAGUCUAGGAGGCUGUGCAGAGGUGUUCUGCAGACCAUGAACUGAACACUAGUCCCAGACAUUCAUGAGCACAGUGUGAGGCUCCUGACCACCACCCAGCAGCCCCUUCUUCUGGCACUAACGACCCCGGAGAAGAUGGGGAGGAAAAAGAUUCAGAUCCAGCGAAUCACUGAUGAGCGGAACCGCCAGGUGACGUUCACCAAGCGGAAGUUUGGGCUGAUGAAGAAGGCCUAUGAGCUGAGCGUGCUGUGUGACUGCGAGAUCGCACUCAUCAUCUUCAACCACUCCAACAAGCUCUUCCAGUACGCCAGCACCGACAUGGACAAGGUGCUGCUCAAGUACACGGAGUACAACGAGCCGCACGAGAGCCGCACCAAUGCUGACAUCAUUGAGGCGCUGCACAAGAAGCACAGGGAGUGUGAGAGCCCUGAGGCGGACGAGGCGUUCGCCCUGACCCCCCAGACGGAGGAGAAGUAUAAAAAGAUAGACGAGGAGUUUGAUAAGAUGAUGCAGAGUUAUAGACUGGCUUCAUCUGUUCCGGCCCCCAACUUUGCCAUGCCCGUCACAGUGCCCGUGUCCAAUCAGAGCUCCAUGCAAUUCAGCAAUCCCAGUGGCUCUCUGGUUACUCCUUCCCUGGUGACGUCAUCCCUUACGGACCCACGGCUCCUGUCCCCCCAGCAGCCAGCACUACAGAGAAACAGUGUUUCUCCGGGCCUGCCCCAGCGACCUGCUAGUGCAGGAGCCAUGCUGGGUGGAGACCUCAACAGUGCUAAUGGAGCCUGUCCUAGUCCCGUUGGGAAUGGCUACGUCAGUGCCCGAGCUUCCCCUGGCCUCCUCCCUGUGGCCAAUGGCAACAGCCUAAACAAAGUCAUCCCUGCCAAGUCUCCACCCCCACCCACCCACAACACCCAGCUUGGAGCCCCCAGCCGCAAGCCUGAUCUUCGGGUCAUCACUUCCCAGGGAGGCAAAGGGUUAAUGCAUCAUUUGACUGAGGACCAUUUAGAUCUGAACAAUGCCCAGCGCCUUGGGGUCUCCCAGUCUACCCACUCGCUUACCACCCCAGUGGUUUCCGUGGCAACACCAAGUUUACUCAGCCAGGGCCUCCCCUUCUCCUCCAUGCCCACUGCCUACAACACAGAUUACCAGCUACCCAGUGCAGAGCUAUCCUCCUUACCAGCCUUCAGCUCACCUGCAGGGCUGGCACUAGGCAAUGUCACCGCCUGGCAACAGCCCCAGCAGCCCCAGCAGCCACAACAACCACAGCCUCCACAGUCACAGCCACAGCCACAGCAGCCACAGCAGCCACCUCAGCAACAGCCCCACUUGGUCCCCGUGUCCCUCAGCAACCUCAUCCCAGGCAGCCCCUUGCCCCAUGUGGGUGCUGCUCUCACCGUCACCACCCACCCCCACAUCAGCAUCAAGUCAGAACCCGUGUCCCCAAGCCGCGAGCGCAGCCCAGCACCUCCUCCACCAGCUGUGUUCCCAGCUGCCCGCCCUGAGCCUGGUGAUGGCCUCAGCAGCCCAGCUGGAGGAGCCUAUGAGACCGGGGACCGGGAUGAUGGACGGGGGGACUUUGGGCCCACACUAGGCCUGCUGCGCCCAGCCCCAGAGCCUGAGGCUGAUGGCUCAGCUGUGAAGAGGAUGCGGCUGGAUACUUGGACAUUAAAGUGACGGUUCCCACCCCUCCUCUCAGCCUCCCUGAUGAAGAGUUGACAAUCUCACUGCCCACCCCUCCCUGUCCUGGGCUCCUCCCGCUCGACCCCCACUUCCUUUCUUCUGCUCCAUGUCCUGUUGAUGGCUACAUUUGUGUAUAAUUAUAUUAUUAUUAUUAUUAUUAUUAUUAUAUUUUUAAAUUCGAAUUCUCGCUUUAGAGAGAGGGAUGCUCUUGCCCCGCCAUUUUCACUGGUGGGGGACUCUCUUUAUUGCGGGAAGGGGGGACACUUUGCACGUUGUACACAUAUGCUGCAGGAGGGGGCGGCAGGCCGUGGAGAAGGAUGGGUGCGGAGUCCUGCAUGUGGGGCCUCCCAUCCAUUUCCCAGAUAGAUGUAAAGAACCAAAAACGACCCAACACAGAGACCCAGACAGUCGACUGACCCCAAAGCUGGCUUGAUGACGGGUUUGUGUCUCAGGGACAGGAAGAGGCAGACUCUGCCUCUGGGCUGUUCAUGGCUAAUGCCCGUCUUGUUCCGUCCAGCUUCCUGCGUAUACACCACACUCCCUGAUCCUGUGCACUGCACCACAAGAUCUGGGUGCCAUGCUAGGCAGGCUGCCUGGAAUCUGAGGCCGGGCAGGGGCUUGAGGUAACAUUGGAGGGAGACAGCUAUAGAGAGAAAGAGGGCUAAUGAGGGCGUAAGGACUGGGUGUGACGAAUUGGGACCCUACCCCUGGCUUUUCCUUUAAAAUGUACAGUGCAAUAGAUUCCCAUCCUCAGCCACGUACUGGAAGAGUCGGCCGAGGACCUUCUGUGAAGUGGCUCCGGGUUGGUCAGAGUCAGCCUUUGGUUCCCUGGGGCACUGAGGGCAGGAGGCCUGUCGGGGGCAGGCGUGGGGCGGGCACCUCUCUGUUCUGCACACCCACACCCUGAAGAGUACACAUUAGGCACACAGCAUGGUCUGUGGUGCUAGAGGUUCCUAUAGAUGUGGCCCCUCCCUCCCCUGUCCUAGCUCCGCCCCUGACCCACCUCCCAGCUCUUCGAGUGCUCCUUGUCUGGCUACCUCCUGUUCCUCCACCUCCAGGCCACACCCCAAACCUGCCCUCUUGCUACUGUAAUUGUAAAUAGCGACCUUCCAAAAUGUUAGUGGUUAACAGUCCAGGAAACUGUUGUGUUUGUUGUUGUUGUAUUGAUAUGAAAUGAGAUUCUAUUUUUGUCAAAGUAUAUUGUAAUAAUAAUGACUCAUGGCCCGUACUGUACAGAUGGGAUUCUUCUGCUGCUCUUGCCGUCCUCUCCCAGACUUGUGCUCUGUCAAAGCCUCCUCCGUGGGGCCGCAGGCAAGCACUCAGGGGCAGUGCAAGCAUUGGGUCCUCAGGCCUCUUGCUGAAUCUGAGAUCAAACUGGAGGGAAUGGACACACCCCCAGCCUGCUCUCUGUCACCACCCCUCCCCGUUCCUCUGCCUCCUCACCCAGGGAAGAGGAUGGGAGGCAGCACACACUCCCUUGGGGCUUCCUCCCAGUUGGAGGGUAGAGUUAGACAAGGCUCAGUGUUGUAGUGAGAUGGUCCUUGCCCACCUGUGACCCAGCCUUUUGUAGUAUUUGACACUUGAUGCAGGGAAGGAGCCAGAAGCAGAGGGGUGUGAGCAUGCUCGUGGGAGCGUUCUGGGUGCACCCUGUAUUUAUGUGUUUGUGUGCAGCUGUGUGGAUGUACCUUUGAGUGCCUGAGUCCAGUGGGUGUAUUCGUAAAUCUUAUGUGACUCAGGCUCCAAGGGCCUCUGUGUCUGUGUGGUUGGGUGUGUUUACACAGGGAUAGGUGGCUUCCAAUUCUGUAGCUCUCACUCCGCUCUUCCCUGGGCUGCUCUCGGGCCUGAGACAUUUGUUCUAAAGUUAUAGGGAGUUGCUAGUUGGCCAUUGCUUCUCCCCACAGCCUACCUCCACCAGGGCCUCCCUCUGUCUCCACAUGGCUGCCCACCAGUCCCACCCAGACCACUUCUGACCCUGGAGUUCUCACUUGUUUAUGGAGCAAACUCAAGUUCCUCUUCCUGGUGGGAGCUUUGCCCUCCAUAAGGCAGGGUCUCUCCUUCACCUAGAGUUUCACCCCAGUAGCUGACCAGGCAAGGGUGUCACACAGGCAGGCCCUGGCUUCCCACCCCUCCUCACAGGGAGUUGUAAGACAUGCUUAAGGCCUUGAAAGAAGCCGGGUGUGGUCCUGUGCAGGAGAGCAGCUGGUACAUUGCAGUCCCCCAGUAAAUGCUGCAUGGGCGAAUGAUAGGUGCUCAAUGAAUACGGAAUCACAGGCCUCUUCAGGCCACCUUUCUAAGCUGAGCUUGGCCACACAGCUCAGGGUGAGGCCCCUGAGGUCCACAGUGUGCUACUCAAGUUUGCCAUCUGCUCUCGGAAAGCAAGCCUGGCUUCUGACUGCCAUGUAUGUGUGUGUGUGUGUGUGUGUGUGUGUGUGUGUGCGUGCGCACGCACGCGCGCGCGUGUCUGUCCCUGACGAUCAGGACAGUCUGAAUGAAUAUAUAUGUGACAUUUCUGCAGUUCAGUAUCUCCAGGUUUCUCCUGGGGCUAUGUAGGGGCUUCUGGCUGGCCAGGUAAAUGGAUCCCUGGGAACCCAGACCUCAAACGGGGACUUGUUUUCUUCCUCUCACAAGCCAAAUUUGCCUCCUAUCCACUCCCUCUGCAAAACUGGGCAUUUGCCAAAGUAGCCUCUGGUGUCAUCCAGUGCUCUUCCCACCCAGGGUUCCCUCAGCUUUCAGGGAGAGGGACUGAGGGCCACCCCCCAUGCCUCAGUGGAACACAUCCCCCCCCCCCAGAAGUGCGCUCGACCAUCCCUCCCCACCUUGGACAGGCAGGAAGAAACAUGCACCUUCUCUUGCUGGUUCUUUGUUUGUUUGGAGAGACAGAAAUGAUGUAAUGUAUCUAAAACUCUCUCUGUAUGCUUUUAACGGACUCUGGAACCCCCUGUGGGGGAAUGUGGGCUCUCCUGGAGGCUGGGGGCUCCACCCCCUUCUGCCUCCUGCUUAAGCAGAGGGAUGGAACUUAAUGGGGCAGGACUAAGACUCCCAAGGAGAAUCUGAAUUCUCUGCUCCAUUCAAGUCCCAGAGAGAGGGAAGUAGGAGGGGGGUGGGACCAGCCAAGAGGUGACCCAUCCCCAAACUUGACAAUCACCCACACUCCUGGCUCCUGGGUCUUGGGGCAGGGUGAGUCCAAGUGUGUGGCUGUUGAUUUGUUUUCAUUAUUUCUUUCCGUGCUGUACGGUGAUGCUUUCUAGUAUUCUGCACAUUAAGAAAAGACAAAGUCCUCGAGAUUCUUACAAGUUUGGUUUGAAAACUCUUUCACUAUAUUUGUUGUAAAGAGGUUUACUAUUAAAAGAAAAAAAAGAACAUGUUUCUGAUA